GAUCGUCUGCUUGUCACAGGCCCAAAAUUAGAAAUAGUUAUAUAUGUAUGGAUGUGAUGCAGCAUCAUGACUAAGCGUGCAGCACAACUGGUGCAGAAGCACUUCGAGGCUGUGAAAGCAUCUGGGGCAGUUGAUAAGGGAAACAAGGUGUGGAGAUGCAAGUACUGCAACCAGAAUAGAAUCGGGACUGCCUCCCACCUGAGGGAUCAUUUCCUGAAAGGAGCCUGCAAUGUCACACGUCUGAGAGGGACAAUCAACAAGGAAGAAUUGCUACGGAGGGAGCAAGGAAGAGACGUCGUCAUUGCAGAGCUUGGAGGUGCACUUACCGGAGCUGGUGCUGAGCUUGAUCUGUCUUCGAGCGAGGAUGAAAUCGACACGGAGGAUGCAGUCACCACUGUUGCUCUCACCAAGUCCUCGACAACGCACGCCAGGCAAACAAAAAUCGUUGACAGCGCAACCAUCAUCACUGCGAACGAGCAAACCCAGCGUACAGUCGACGAUUGGAUGACAGUUGAGUGUGUGCCCUUCAACAUGAUGCGGAGCAUGUAUUGGGAUCGCAUGGUGAAGGCGCUGAUGAACGCGCCGAAGUCCUUCCAGUACGCCAAAUUCGACGAGGUGCGAACAAAAAGGGUGGUUGUCACGCGGAAGUGGGUGUCCGAGAGGAUGGAGCAGUUGCGCAAGGAAUGGCCCGUCAGCAGUUGCAUGUUGCAACUCGAUGGGUGCACUGAUCGGCGAGGAAGACCAUUCAUAAAUGUGAUGGUCUCCUUCCCCAAAGGUGUCGUCUUUUGGCGGGCUGUUUGUAUGCAGCGCCGAGAGAAGGGGGCAAAGGCAUACUUCGACAUUUUGCCCACGGCUAUCCGCGAGAUCGGGGAGGAGGCAGUGGUGGGGGUGGUGAUGGGCAAUGCAGCGACCGGUGCAGCCGCAGGGCGGAUGGUUGAGACGGAGUUCAAACACAUCUUCUCAGUGUCGUGCACAGCGCACAACAUUGACCUGAUGCUCGAACAGUUUGGGAAUAUCAGGUGGGUGGACGUCAUUUUGAAGAAGUCGGCGGAAGUAGUGAAGUUUUUUAUGAAACACUCGAGGGUGAGGGACUUGUUCCUCGUCAAUUCCCAGGGAGCAAUUCUCGCAAGGCCUGGAGCGACUCGGUUCGCCACGAAUUUCAUCAUGCUGGACAGUGUGCAGGACUUGUACCUGCCGUUGCGAACGUGUUUGACGGACAAGGACUGGAAGGAUAGCAUCGUGCUUCCCGGGCAGCGGCAUUUGUUUGCUGCUGCGACGGAGACCAUCCUCGACAAUGAUUUUUGGGCAGGAGUCGAGAAGGUGCAAAAGACGUCCGAGAAACUACUUCAACUCUUGAAGUUGAGCGACAGAGUUGCACCAACGAUGAGCAAGAUCUACGCCGGCAUGGACGCGGCUGUGGAGAGCUUACACAGCGAGGAAUGGAACCAGCAUGUGUUGGACAAGCUUGAGAAGAAGACGGUUGAAAAGGAAGACCCGAAGAAGAAGCCUUGGAGGAAUGGGCUCGGGGGCUUGAUAGCAGAGCAACGCAAAGAAGAGGGUGCAGGAGUGGAGAGCCAAGCUGCGUGGCGACAGGGAGGAGGCAGAGGUUGUGAGGAUGAAGAUGACAACGACGAUGAUGGCACCCGUGAUAACAUGGCCAAGACAAGCACCAUUGCACGCCAGCGGGCCACCAGCAGCUUGCUUGAGCUCGAAAGGGAGUUGAACAAGGAGCUACCUUCAUUGAGGAUGGCCAUACGGCCUUCCAAGUACCUCGCCCGCUUGCAUUUGCAGGAAUCUCAGCAUGCAGGCAAGACUAUGACAUCUGACACGCUGAGAAGUAUAUCAAUGCAAGAGCUCAAGCGUGCGCACCCAAUUUUCCAUGACGAUCUGUACGACCGCAAACCGGUGAGAAUGCGAGCACAGAAAACAAGAGGUGAUUGUCCGAUAGCCUUCUACUCCCGUCAGCUCCUGCCCGCCGAGAUAAACUACACUGCUGAUGAACGUGAGGUUCUCGCACUAGUUUAUGCCGCUCGACAUUGGCGUCACUACCUGCACGGGGCACCAUUCACGGUGCGCACGGACAACUCUGUUGUCCAGGCUUUUCUGACAAAGCCGAAGCUCACUCCUCGACAGRCUCRMYGGUGGHGYRACCUAUCCGAGUUUAGUUUCACCACUGAGCACAUCAAGGGUGAGACUAAUCGGGUCGCAGAUGCCCUCUCCCGGCGCCCUGACCACGACCAGGAGCACAUCCAGCUCUCUUCCAUCUCGGUCACCACCGUCCACCACUCGGUGAUCGACGAGUUUCGCACUCAGUACCGCCACUGCCCCGACUAUCGCGACAUCCACGCGACCCUUCGGAGUGGCAAGACCGYCCCGAACUACUCUCUCGRGGACAACGGUCUUGUGUACUGGCACGGUUCACAGGGUACCAGAGAGCCCCGUAUUUGCGUUCCCUCCACUGGACAGCUACGUGUCCGAGCAGUAGCAGAGUUCCAUGACCAGGCAGCUGCCGGUCAUAUGGGCUUCCACAARACGUUGGCUCGUGUGAGCCGCCURUACGUCUGGCCGAAGCGCAAGGACUUUGUGAAGGACUACGUCGCAGAGUGUCCCACCUGUCAGGAGGUGAACAGUGCGAACCACCUACCUUAUGGUUUGCUCCAGCCUCUUCCUAUCCUUGAGGGUCGUUGGCAGUCCAUCUCGAUGGACUUUAUCGGUCCUCUUCGACCUCCGACCCCCCGCGGUCAUGAUGCUAUCCUCGUCGUCGUCGACCGCUUUACGAAGCGUGCACGCUUUGUUCCGUGCCACUAUGCCAUCAGUGCACGUGAGGUCGCCGACAUCGUAUUUGACCGAGUCGUGCGAGACCACGGCUUACCUUUGAGCAUCAUAUCUGACCGUGACCCGCGCUUUACCAGCCGAUUCUGGCGACGGCUCCACGAGGUGUACGGCACUCAGCUCCGCUUCUCCUAGUCUUACCAUCCUCCGAAUGAUGGUCAGACCGAGAUCACGAACAGGACUCUCGGGGAUAUUCUCCGAAAGAUUGUUCGU